GGCUGUCAACUACAAUGCCAAUAUCAAUAGUAAAUCCUGCUCAAGUUAACAUAUUCCAAGCAUGCUGUACGAUUCUACCAUUUGUGACAACACUUCCACCAUCAACAACACUUCCACCGUGCCAGUGUCCCUUAGAUUUGUACAGCGACAGUCUCUGCCCUAUUAAUGGACCUUGCAACAAAGAUCCUAAGGCAGUUACAUAUGGUCCUCUGCCACUGUGUCCAGUUACCAUAAACUGCGAACAAACGGACUACCUACUAUUUCAAUUCUCUGAUGGAACCUACAUAACUAACAUAAGAGUGCGUAACUUUCAUCAGCUCGCGGAUAUCCAGUGCGUCAAUGGCGAAUGGCGUUAUUAUGGCCAGGCAAAAUUUGACCAAGUAUUGCGUCACGUCGUCUGCUAUUCCGUCGCAAUUCCCGUAGGACCAGUUUAGGUGCAUAUGGCACCUUGAAGGAUUUAUGAACGAUUAUUCCGGUUUUUGGCUCACAAUCCUUUGUUAGACUUGUAGUAUCAAUGCUCGUUGAAAUUAUAAAAGAUGGUCAGCA